AUGGCAGCAGCCUAUGCAGCUCUUCGUUCUCUUGAGCAAACCAUAGACCAGAUACAGAGUCACCCUCGCCCUCCAAUUUCUCUUGACAAGACAAAAACUAAAUCUCUCACUGAAAUUAUCAUCUUCUUGCUUCACUUUCUCGAAAAAUAUUCUCUUGUCGGCAGCCAAGAAGCAGAUGUGCUGGAGGCACGUAUGGCCGAUACAGCUUAUGCGGCAGAAGAUUUGAUCGAAUCCCACAUCGUCAAUCAGAUUCAAGCUCUUUCCGGAAAUCUUCAUUACGACAGCGACUGGUCAAGUGAGUCGUCGAGUGAAGAUCUAAAGAAAGUGACAGAUGAAAUGGAACUCAUUAAGACCGUUGGUGGUGAUGGUGUUGGUGGUUCAUUAAGUGGAUCUUCUUCAUUGGGGCUCAACAAUCAGAUUCAAGCGCGUGCGGAAAAUCUCAAUUCCAAUGAUGACGUGUCGAGUGAAGAUCUACAGAAAGCGACAGAUGAAAUGGAACUCAUUAAGAACGUUGACGGUGAUGAUGUUGGUGGUUCAUUAAGAGGAUCUCCUUCAAUGGGGCUCAACAACAAGAUUCAAGCUGGUGCCGCCAAUCUCAGUUCCAAUGUUGACUUGUUGUACGAAGGUCUACAGAAAGUGACAGAAGAAAUGGAACUCAUUAAGAAUGAUGUUACAGAAAUUCAAAUUCAAAAGUUGGGAAUCAGAAAGUUUUCAUCACCUGCCACUGGUGGUUCAUUUAGAGGAUCUCCUUCUUCACUGGGGCACACGGUCACUUCCGUGGUAGGAUGUGAUGAUGUCAUGUUUGCCGUCAUGGACAAGUUGACUAGCCAACACUCCAGCCAGAUCAUCGCAAUAGUAGGAAUGGGCGGCAUUGGUAAGACCACUCUUGCUAAGAGUAUAUAUGUGAAUCUGCUUAUUGUGCAACACUUUGAUUUACGUUGUUGGGCCACGAUUUCUCAAGACUAUGAUUCGAAAGAAAUUCUCUUUGAAAUCCUAAAUUCUUGCAUGAAAACUCAAGACAGUAGGGAAAACUUGAGAAUACUUAGUGAAGAUGAGUUAGGAGAGAAGUUGCACAAAACUUUAUAUGGCAGAAGGUAUUUGGUGGUGAUGGAUGACAUGUGGAACAUCGAGGCAUGGAACAAGGUGAGAUUCUACUUUCCGGACAAUGGUGAAGGGAGCAGAAUAAUGAUAACCACUAGGCUGUCAGACCUGGCUUCUGAGUUGACUGGUUCGUGCGGACUGCAGAAGAUGAGUUUUCUAAAUGAUGUAAGCAGUUGGAACCUAUUCUGUAAAACUGUGUUUGGGGAAGAUGGUUCCUGCCCUCCCAAACUGGAGGAAAUGGGACAGAGAAUCACGAAAUCCUGCAAAGGGCUUCCCCUAUCAAUCAAAGUGAUUGGAGGUCUGCUGUCACAGCACAAAGAAUCGCACGAAUAUUGGGAGUACGUCAUCGGAAACUUCAACGCAGUCUUGAAUUCAGAGGAUGACAAGCUCUGUUCAAAAAUACUAAGCCUGAGUUAUAUGGAGUUGCCCAUGCACCUAAAGCCUUGUUUUCUUUACAUGGCAGUUUUUCGGGAAGAUGGUGUGAUUCCUAAAUCAAAGCUCAUCAAGCUGUGGGUUGCGGAGAGAUUUCUCAAACCAAUUACUGGAAAAAUUAUGGAGAUGGUUGCAGAAGAAUACUUGGGGGAUCUUUUGAAUAGAAACCUCAUCUUAGCUCACAAAAUGGGGAUCACAGGGAGUAUAAAAUCUUUCAAAAUCCACGAUCUCCUGAGGGACCUGUGCAUAAAAGAAGCUGAGAAAAACAAGUUUAUGUGCAUAAGAAGGGAAGAUGAUCCCAGAAUCCCGCAAGACUUCCAAAGCCAACGACGCAUUGGUUUUCAUCCGAGCAUGAGCAGUCAGUUCAAUACAGAAAUUGGCCCCUUGCAAUCUUCUUCACUUCGUUCUCUAUUAUGGGAUUGUCAGAAAGUGUCUGUGAGAUUAAGCAACCUUAGUUUCAAAUUAUUGAGGGUAAUAAUGAUGAUGUCUCCCGCCUCUUACAUGCAUUUAGUGAUGAAAAGAAUUACGUGGCCUGCCAACUCACGGCUUCUUUAUGUUGUCAACUCUUUCUUUAGCACAUCCCCUUUCUCAGCUUACCACCCCUGGAAUCUACAGAUAUUGGCAUUAAGGUGUGAAUGUGAUACAGAAAUUGACAUUUGGAAAAUGCCUCAGCUUAGGCAUGUCAAGAGUGACAAUGGUUUGCGCCUCCCGGAUCCGACUCCUCAACACGAGGAAGGCGGUGAUUUGUUAGUAAUUUUGGAGAACCUACAGACGCUCAAGACAGUAGUGAAUUUCAAGUGCAGUGAGGACGUGGUCAAGAGAAUUCCCAACAUCAAGAAAUUGGCGUUACAAUACAGUGUACCCCACAGAGAAGAUUACUGUCUCAACAAUCUAUGUCACUUACAAAAGCUGGAAACCCUUCAUUGCAAAUAUUACUUCGAAACACAAGAUUCAAGUGAAUGGCUGCUUCGUAGUUGGUUCUUACAAUCUUCAAGUAAAUCACUGCUUCGUAGUUGGUUCCCUGAAAUAAGACAAAGUGAACCGGAUUGGGGGCUCAGCUUCCCAAAUUCACUCAGGAAGUUGACUUUAGAGGGCAUUCAGAUGAGUUGGGAAAAGGUGGGGGAGAAGAUAGGCUUGUUGCCACAUCUUCAAGUGCUUAUACUAUGGAGAUGCUCGUUAGAACGUGAAUGGGAAACCGUCGAGGGUCAGUUCAGCAGGCUCAAGUACUUGCGGAUUGUGAGCUGUGAUGAUCUGAUACAAUGGAGGACAUACAGCACACACUUUCCGUGCCUCGUGAAACUUGUUCUUCUGAGUUUAGACAACUUGGAGGAGAUUCCUCGGGAGAUUGGAGAUAUAACGACACUUGAGUCGAUCGAGGUGACUUUUUGUAAGCACUCUGUCUUGGCCUCUGCAGAGGAGAUACUAACGGAACAACAUGAGCUAGGGAAUGAAAGUUUACGACUCUUUGUAGACACUCUGCCUUGGCCUCGGCCCUCGGCAGAGGAGAUUCUUGAGAAGGAAAGUUUUCGAUUCAACUCAUUCAUUCCCAUCUAA